AUGAAAAAAAUGGAACAGACCACUGACGAAUUACGUUUGCACAACCUCAAUCUGAGAACCAAAAUCCAGGAUUUAGAGCAACGACUGGAACAUGAGUACAAAGUACAAACCCAGUUGCAAAAACAAUUGAACCAAAUUUCAGCUGAGUAUCAGACGGUUCAGGAACAUGCAACGACGAAACACACGCAGGUAGAACAAGCUGAAGUGUGUAUCAAUCGUUUAAACAGCGAAAUGCGUCGUGUUCAUUCAACGUUGGAAGCUGGUUCAAAAAAAGUGCAAGAGCUUUCCAAGGAACUGCAGUCUGUUACAGACCAAUUGAAACGGGUGACUCGCGAACGAGAUGAACUUCAGGCACAAGAUAAACGACUAAAACAGGAGCUGCAUGAAUUCCGAAUCACACAUCAGACACCAGACGAUGAAGCAAGUUACACAAUUUGCAUUAGUAAAGUGAAACGACUAAAUGCCGAAAUGGAACGUCUUACGGAAGAGACAAAACAUCUGGACCAGGUGUGCCGUAGUGAGUCUAAUCAGUGUCUGGAACUGACCACAGAACUCAGCGAUGUGAAGGCAAGUGAAGUUAUGCAUGCAUGUAUGUACGUACAUGGUUCGAAAACGACAUCAUUUACAGUCAAUCUCCUACUAUGUCCGACCCCACAGGAAUUCGAAAAAGUGGAUAAAUUCCAGGAACUGCGACAUAGCAGGACUCGAAAGAAACAGCAGGCAGAGGAACUGCGAAAGGUACAAACCGAAUGUGAUACAAAACAUCGUCAACUGGAACAAACGCGAGAAAUUGUGCGCGAACUACAGACCCAGCUGAAAGAUGCGAAUGAACAAAAUCGGGGACUGAGUCACACGGUCAACGAACUCACACAAGCGUUACGCGCACGUUGCAUGGAGCUGGACCAGACCCAGCUUGAAGUGAAAAAUUCACUGGCACAAUUGAAGAAUACCGAGAUGUCGGUAGAAGAACUGGAAAUGCAGGUGCAACAACUCACACGCCAAUUGGAACAUUCAGAGGCACUGCGAGCCGAGGCACAGAACGCCAGCAACGAAACGUCUUCUCUGGCAGCUCAACUUCGCAUCGAAUUGGCCAAGAGAGACGAACAAUUGAAUGCGACCACCAGCCAACUGGAAUCCAGCAAGCAACGCGUAGAACUACUUGAAAAAGCCUCUGCUCAACAAGAAUUGACUAUAAAUGAACAAAUGCAAGAACGUGCCGUACGGGAAUCAAUCAUACAGCGUAUGGAACAUGAGAUUACCCAGAUCAAAUCUUACUGUUCGGAAUUGGAGCAAGAACUGUCAGCCACCCAGGAACGCAGUGUGGCUAUGCGCUCUGAUCUGAUACAGACCCAGUCCGCCCUCGAGGAGGUCGCUUCAAGGCAGUACAUGGAGGACAAUUCUCGCGGACGCAUGGAGGCGAGUAGUGCUACUGAACGAGUGUGGGGUGAAUUCAUUUUUACUCCCUUUUGA